AUGGGGGCCUCCUACGUCUGGAAGCACUUUCCUCUGGACACCUGCAUGGUGAGCUCCUCGCUUCCUGCUGUCAUGGUUCGUGGCACCUGCUCUCCCGGAGGGAAGUGGAGCCACAUCACCACACUGUCCCCACCAGGAAUGCCCAAGGGGUCUGUUCCCUGGUGGGGGCCAGGAAACACGGAGCAUUCCGGUCCCCAUCCCACCACCAAGUCCAGCCUCAAGCUGCCAGGGCUUCGAGGUAGGGAGAGAAGCAGGAGCGCUGGUGCAGCCUGUGCUCAUGGGAGCUUAGAAGAUCCCAAAAGUAUAACCCAUCAUAAAUUAAUCCACGCUGCCUCAGAGAGGGUGCUGAGUGAUGCCAGGACCAUCCUGGAAGAGAACAUCCAGGACCAAGACGUCCUAUUAUUGAUAAAAAAGCGUUCUCCAUCACCACUUCCCAAGAUGGCUGAGGUCUCAGCAGAAGAAAAGAAAAAACAAGACCAGAAAGCUCCAGAUAAAGAGGCCAUACUCCGGGCCACCGCCAACCUGCCCUCCUACAACAUGGACCGGGCCGCGGUCCAGACCAACAUGAGAGAUUUCCAGACAGAACUCCGGAAGAUCCUGGUGUCUCUCAUCGAGGUGGCGCAGAAGCUGUUAGCACUGAACCCAGAUGCGGUGGAACUGUUUAAGAAGGCGAAUGCGAUGCUGGACGAGGACGAGGAUGAGCGCGUGGACGAGGCCGCCCUGCGGCAGCUCACGGAGAUGGGCUUUCCGGAGAACAGAGCCACCAAGGCCCUCCAGCUGAACCACAUGUCGGUGCCUCAGGCCAUGGAGUGGCUAAUUGAACACGCAGAAGAUCCGACCAUAGACACGCCUCUUCCGGGCCAGGCUCCCCCAGGGGCUGAGGGGGCCACUGCAGCCGCCCCUGAGGCUGCCGCAGGAGCCAGCACCACCGACGAGGAGGCCAGAGAUGAGCUCACGGAAAUCUUCAAGAAGAUCCGGAGGAAAAGGGAGUUUCGGGCUGAUGCUCGGGCCGUCAUUUCCCUGAUGGAGAUGGGAUUCGACGAGAAGGAGGUGAUAGACGCCCUCAGAGUGAACAACAACCAACAGAAUGCUGCGUGCGAGUGGCUGCUGGGGGACCGGAAGCCCUCUCCAGAGGAGCUGGACAAGGGCAUCGACCCCGACAGUCCUCUCUUUCAGGCCAUCCUGGAUAACCCGGUGGUGCAGCUGGGCCUCACCAACCCAAAAACAUUGCUAGCAUUUGAAGACAUGCUAGAGAACCCGCUGAACAGCACCCAGUGGAUGAAUGAUCCAGAAACGGGUCCCGUCAUGCUGCAGAUCUCUAGAAUCUUCCAGACACUAAAUCGCACGUAGGUGGCGCCGUCCCACUUGGCUGUCCGGCCACAGCAGCCCCCUGGCGCGGCCGGAGACUGGGCAGAGCGGACCUCACCUGAAACUCACCUUCGGCAUCUCGGCCCUGGACUGUUAGAGGCGCCGCGGCUGCUCCCGCUCUCUGAUCUUAUUGCUUAUAAACUUCGGUGACGGUCGUGUGUAAAGCCGUAUUUUUAGCAUCUGCCAGGUGUUUACAAAAAAGUGGUUGUCGUGCUGGGAAGUGGAGUGAUGGCCUCCUCUCCAGUGCUCCUCUGGGCUCUUGAGUUGCUGCUUGAAUUGCCCCGUAGACGUUUGCUUGAAGAGUCCACGUGUUAUUUGACGGAGGUAGGUUUCAACCCAGAGUGUUAACGUCAAGCAUGCUACUUUAGUCACUCACAGAUGACUUUUCUUUAAUAAAAUCCCUUUUCCUAU